AUGCUGUGUCGGGAGAAAUCGUCUACGAUCAAUUCAGGUAGUCGCGGCUUCUCGUCGGGAGCAACGUCGCUGGCCUCUGUCGUCUCUCUCAAAUCACAGCGAAUUAGGGCUUUUCAUCUCAAAAGAAUGGAGCUGAGUGAAGGCUAUCGGGAAGCCGUACAGAGGAAAUCAAUCUUGCUAUUGAUCAUGCCUAUUCAUUUCAAAAGUUUUUUUAUUGCCAUUUCCAACCCGGAUGAACGAAAAAUGAGACUUCCAUCUGCUGUUGUCGAAGAGUAUAUGGCUGUUGUACCUGUUGAGUGUAAGUUUAGUAUGAGAGAUGGUCGAACAUAUUGGGUGAGAAUGGAAGGGGAUGCUGAGGGGGUAUUCUUUGAUAAUGGAUGGUUCCAGUUUAUGGCAUUCGAGAAUAUUAAGAGUGGAUAUUAUCUUUGGUUUGAUCGUAAUAGUCUUACAGAUAUUACGGUGACUGUGGUUGAGGAAAAUGCAGUUGAGCGGCCUUUGCGAUAUCCUUUUACUUUGGAGAUCAAGUAAUCGUACAUCGAACUUGCAUUAUCUUUUGAGUGAAAUAUAUUACCCUUAGAAUAUGUUUUAAAUGCAGCCCAUUCCGAUUGAAUUUUGGCGUUCAUAUGUGGUUAAUGAAUUCGAGGAUUUAAGUCGAUGCCUGUUGAUUUGAAGAUGUCUCGUAUGAAGUUCAAAUUGUUGCUCGGCAUGGCAAAGUGUUGAUGCAGAAGAUGCAUGGUAGAGAGUUUGUUGAUUUUACUGGAAUUUUUGAAGGUUCAACAUGUUCAUUCAUCACGUGUCCUAAUUGUUGUGUUUGUUUUGAAAUGUUUGUUCUGUGAUUUGUAAUUUUUAGCAUUAUUUACACAACUGUUUUUGAACUAAAUAUUCGUUGGUUGUUUAAAGUUG